GAACGUGCGUUAGACAAGCAGACCUUUGGAUAAAAAGCGACUGCAAUAUAUUUGAAGCCUGUUUUGCAUUUAAUUUUGGUGUUUUCGUUGAAAACAUUCCUAUAAUUCUGUCAUGUCAAGGAAAAUUUUACAAUCAAUAUUUCUGUUGUGAUAUACUAUUUAAUAAAAACCCUCUGACCUUACGUCAAGGUAAAUGCAUUUGGUUUUCUGCAACAUUGCUCCUUGUUAAUUGUGAAUUUUUGUUCACUACAUAGCUGUAGUGCAGAAAUUGUAAGCAAUGUACCCCAUUUGGUUGCUGGCGGCUUUUUUUGUAGGGACUCUAGACUGUAUUCCAGUGAAUGGAAUUAGUAACACUUGUCCUGGUAUAAAGACAUCAAAACUAGUUCAUGCAGACUUUUUAAUUGGCUGUGCUAAAAGAAAUACAGGAACUGUCAGUGAGAAAUUGUGUAUAUUAUAUGAGGAAAUAUUAAAGCAAUUGUGCACUUCAGUUAAAGAUAAAAAAUUGCUUUUUUCUGAUAGUGACCUUGAAAAAGCACUACAAUCUACAGACAUUACAAAAGUAUGUGAUGUUUUAAGUACAUUCAAGUUAGAUGAUGUUGCUAGAACGAGAGAGAUUUUGUUACCCAUAGCUGAUCAUCACUGUUUUCGGACCUGUCAGAGUGAUGACUAUAAAACUCUGCCUAUUUGCAACUACGGAGCUUAUAUGUUAAAUAUUGUUAAUGCACUUUCUUCCCAUCCUGCUUUAGAUGAUAGUCAUCCUAAAGAAGAAAAAAAUAAUACAAGUAUCAAUACCACUAAUACAAAUUCAUUCCAAAAAACUGGUAAUAAUAAUUCUAAAGUUAUUAGCCACUCAACUUCAGGUAGUUCACCUGCUUCUAAUAAGGAUACCUUACAACUCCAUCCUACCAUUAAUAACAAAACUCUAAGUAGUAGAAAUGAAUCAAAACCAGGCACUUCUCUUUCAUCGAAUAAUAUUACUAAAGUGGUCACUGACGAGAAACAAACAAAUGUAGCAAUAGCUAGUGAUAAACUAAAUAAUCCUAAUAAAGUUAGUGUGUCUAAUAGGACUGGGACUCAUGGUAAACCCUUAAAUUAUUCAAAUUUGGAUAGUCAUGGGAGUAAUCCUGCAGGAAAACAUGACCAAGUUCCUUCUUCAGAAGGCCCAGAGAAAAACAGUCAAGAUGAAAAGGUUCUCCACAAAAUACAGAGUGACAGAGAUGAAGUAGCAUCAAAAGUUUUACCUGAUGUUCAUGUUAGUAAUCCAGAAAGUUUGGGUUCAGAAAUACUUGUGGAUCCUGAAAAAGCAAAAACAGACAAAGAUGCAAAGGCAUCAAAAGUUUUACCUGAUGUUCAUGUUAGUAAUCCAGAAAGUUUGGGUUCAGAAAUACUUGUGGAUCCUGAAAAAGCAAAAACAGACAAAGAUGCAAUGACAUCAAAAGUUUUACCUGAUGUUCAUACUAGUCCAGAAAGUUUGGGUUCAGAAAAACCUGUAGAUCCUGAAAAACAAAAAAACCAAAACCAAAAGCUUGAUGAGCUGGACACAAAUGGAGUUGUCAGACCUCAAGAAGUUGUUAAUAAUAAUGGAGUUAGUGGAGCAGAUGACACACUUAAGCAACAGAAUUCUCAGGGACAAAACAAGGAAACGGUGAGCUUGCAGGGACUAAAUACAGAAAUGGUAAACCCACAAGAACAAUUGCAAUUAGAAGAUAACGAUUUGGAGGAUGAUGAUAACGAUUUACAAGUUCCAAGUGAUUUUAACGUUAAUAGUGAACCCAUUAAAACAACUAAAGAGGUGGAAAGAAAACCAAUUAAAACAGAAUAUUCGGAUGUGGACAUAAUGCCACACAGUUUUAAGACAGAGAACAGUGAUGAUGGGGAUUCUUAUUUCUUUUCUUACUUUAUGGUCAUUUGUAUAGUGUUCAUUGGUGGCUACGUUGUUUAUCACAAUAAACAAAGGAUUUUAGCCCUGAUUGUUGAGGGAAGAAAGGGUCGGAGAGGCUCAAGGAGUAGAAGACCGAAUUCAGCAAAUUAUAAAAAAUUAGACAGUAAUCUUGAAGAAGCAAUAAGUUCAUCUUGUAACAAAGGUGCUACACAUGUUAUUUACUGAUACAUAAAUGUUUAGUGUUACUUUCAUUUAGUUCAAAUUGUACAUUUACUUGUAUUAAUUUGUUUGUAAUAAAAUAAUUAAAAUAAGGAAUGUAUAUUGUACUUGAAUUAGGCAAUGCCUUACAAGUGCCACAUAAUGUAGUUUAACUCGCUUUUUACCAUGUAAACGAUUAAAUAAUCUUGUUUAAAGACAUGUUAAAUUAUUUUUAGGUUAUGGUGGAAACAAAUCAAAAAUUUUGUAUGAAAAUACACACAAUAUUAAUACUUACAUAUUAAAAAAGUUGUUUUAAUUACUAUUUAAAAGCAUUUUGUAGCUAAAACUAACUAAAAGUUCGGAUUUAAAGCUUUAAACGGUUUCUUUUGAAAAUAACAAUGUCGGAGAAGUGUUUGCCACAUUAUUUGAUGUAAAUACACUUGUAUAAUGGGACACAUUAUUAAACAAUUACUGAUUUCA